GGGGUUCGUAUGAAAUCGAUUAAAUGCAACACGUCUAAAGUUAGUAAAGCCAAGACUGGCCAUGAACUUUGAAUAUCACAGAAUAAUAUCACGUGCGUCACAACAUGAAAACAUGUUAGCUUGCGGGCUUGCGGUACAGAAAUUCGUCGACAUUACUCAGCGACCUCGCUGAUUGGUUUGCUUUGUAACUUUUACAAAAGAGUUUUGUUUUAUUUCACUUUUUCACGCAAUUUUUCAAGGAUUAUUGCAAAUAUGGCAAUAAACGCUGCGAAAGUAGUUUUAAAAGAGGGGAAAAGUGUUCUGUUAAUAUGUGAUAUGCAAGAAAAAUUCGCUAAAGCUAUGUUUGAAUUUGAAAAAAUUACACAAAAUUCAGUAAAGCUGGUAAAUGCACUGAAGCUUCUAAAUGUUCCUAUAAUUGUUUCUGAACAAAAUCCAAAGGCUUUGGGUAAAACUAUUCCAGAACUUGAUAUUUCUGGUGUUAAAGGACCAUUUGAAAAGACUCAAUUUAGCAUGUGUACUCCCGAGAUAAACAAGGAACUUUCUACAAUUUGUUCUGGAAAAAGACCAGAUUCAGUUAUUCUCAUUGGACUUGAGGCUCAUGUAUGCAUAGAGAAUACAGCAAUCGACUUAAGGCAAAGUGGUUAUGAAGUACAUACUGUUGCAGAUUGUUGUACCUCACGUACUCUAGAAGACAGAUUAUUGGCUUUAGAGAGAAUGAAAGAAAUAGGAUGCCACAUAGCUACUUCAGAGAAUGUUAUUUUUAAAUUGCUAGCUGAUGCAAAGCAUAAAGAAUUCAAGAAUAUUCAAAAAUUAGUGAAAACGCCAACACAGUAUACCAAUCUAAUCACUCUUUCAAAAAUAUAGAAUAGAAUAACAAGUAUAGAUAUCUGUGCCAAAAAUAUGCUUUUUGAAUUAGUAAGGGAAAGUAUUUUUAUAGAAUGAUGUACAAAAAUCACAUUCUUUUUAUUAAAGUAAUACUAAAUAGAUAACAAAAUUUAAGGAUUUAAAUAAGUAAAGGGAGCAACACAAAAUGAUAA